CGGCCCACCUAGUUCAUAAACAUAGAAAAAGGGAAAAAAAUAAGAGAAGAUAAAAGAAAUAAAACCCUAAAGUUCGAGGUUGAUCGUUCCGUUCCUCUCUUUGCCGUGUUCGCCGUUGAAGUUUGCCGAUCCGACUAAAUAAUAAAGAAUGGGCCGCAAAGCCGAUGCACUUUAUAUAAAUCCGAAGAAAUUUGGCUCUCUUGCAAAACCAUGCAUGAAGGAAAUGACAAUGUUCCUAAACUGUUUGGCUCUUAACAAGGCUAAUGAAGAAAAAUGCCUUCGGCAGAAGGAUCUUUUGAAUGCCUGUAUGGAAGCUCAGUCUACCAUGAAUAGGAAGCCAUGGGGCAGCAUCAAUUACCACCUGCAGAGGCUUAACAGGGGAAGGAAGUAGUGUGGGUUUACUUUGAAGAUGAAUGUUGAAUUUAU